UAUAAAUGAUGGUGGGAUGUGGGCUACAUAGAACAUGCAAAUUCAUGAAAAAGGUGAAAGAGCUCAAUAUUAUUAAAACACAAGCACGCGGGAACACACACACCACUCUCUACUUUUUAGCACACUAAUCUCUGUCUUCUCAAUUUCAAAGUUUUUUUGGAGGUGUUUCUAGAACAUCCCCCCUCUAGAUCGAAAUGGGCUGCUGUCUCAGCGCCGGCAGCCGCAAUCGAGAGGCGGAGAACCGCCGCUCCAUCGAUGGAGAGCCGCCGACGUCUCCGCGGGCAAUUCUCGAAGUCGAAACCGUGAAGGAGGUGCUGCUAGAGACGCCCGUUGCUCUGAAAUCCGACAGCGAGAAGCUCAAACCGAAGUCACCGGAAAAUCAAGAAUCGCCGGCGGAAUUCCGGCCGCCGCCGGAGAUCGCCGGGAGCCGCGACGCGCCCGGAAAUGACGCCGGAGAUACGGCGUCGGAGAUCACCGAGUUGUCGGAGAUUGGGAGCUACAGCGAGAGCCUGUCGGCGGCGGCGGCGGCCGCCGACGAAGACGGCGUGGUUGAUCAGCGGCCGCCGCUGAGGAAGCGGAGGGCGAACGGCGGGGGAGAGGGAGGAGGGAGAGGGUGGUGGGAAGGAGAGUGCCGGAGAAGAGGGGGCCGGUGAUGCCGGUGAGGGCGG